AUGUCCUCUCAUCCGGCUCCCGCAGCAGUCUCAUCAUCUGAGCAGACUCCUCAGACAUCGCUGUCAGUUGCAGAUGCAAAUACCCCAGAACAACCACUUGAGCCGGCUGCUCCCCACCAACCUGAACAAGAACCAGUGAUCGACGAUGAUUCUGCCUUGAGCGCUGGAGUCGACUCAUCGACGGCUUCUGUUGCUUCAAGUAUCUUGGAAUAUCGAAAGUUCAAGGGAAGGUCAUAUCAUUCUACCUACCAUGACAGUAGCUAUCCGAUUCCCACUGACGAGCAAACUCUUGAGAACUUUGAUCUGAUGCACCACUUCUUGACGCUGCUCACUGACGAUAAGCUGUAUCUGGCACCUGUAAAGGACGAUGUUCAGAAAGUACUUGAUGUUGGAACGGGAACAGGGAUUUGGGCGAUAGACUAUGCUGAUGAGCACCCCAAUACCGCUGUCAUCGGUACCGAUUUAUCCGCCGUACAGCCAGACUGGGUGCCCCCUAAUCUCAAGUUCGAGAUCGAUGACUGCACUAAGCCCUGGACUUGGGACGCAAAUACCUUUGACUUUGUGCAUAUGCGUUACUUGUUUGGUGCUAUCAGAGACUGGACCGCCCUCUUCAAAGAGGCAUACAAUGCAGUCAAGCCAGGAGGUUGGGUCGAGUCCUGCGAGUCCGAGCCUAUGACACAUAGCGACGAUGGAACCGUAACAGAUGAUGGAUCAACCGCGCUGGGAGGAACAUGGGAUAAGAUGUUUAUUGAGGGAGGCAAAGCAACAGGAUGCUCUUUAUCUGUCCUCACGGAAGAUCUCCAGAUGAAGGGUAUGAAAGAAGCUGGCUUCAUACCAUUCGGCUCAUGGCCCAAAGACCCUAAGAUGGCGGAGAUCGGCCAGUACGCGAAGCUCAGUCUGGAAUCUGACCUUGUUGGAUAUUCGCAAAUGAUUUGGCAUGAAGUUCUGAAGUGGCCAGCUGACGAGUAUCAGAUUUUCCUGAUGCAGGUACGAAAGGAUCUUCGGAACAAGAAGCUUCACCCUUACUUCAAAGUUCGCUUUGUCUGGGGCCGGAAACCUGAGGCCGAACAUAAGUGA